AUGGGAGGUGCAGUAAGUGCAGGAGAGGACAAUGAUGAGUUGAUUGACAACCUGAAAGAGGCCCAGUACAUUCGUUCAGAGCUGGUGGAGUGUGCUUUCAGGGCCAUCGACCGAGCCGACUACUACUUAGAUGAGUUCCGUGACAGUGCUUAUAAGGACUUGGCCUGGAGGCAUGGCAAUAUCCACCUGUCUGCACCCUGCAUCUACUCUGAGGUGAUGGAGGCUUUGGACCUACAGCCUGGCCUGUCCUUCCUCAACCUGGGAAGUGGAACAGGCUAUCUCAGCACCAUGGUGGGCCUCAUACUGGGUAAGUGCGAGAUGUAUGAAAAGGAAUGAACAAGUGGCCUUAACAAUUUGGUAUUUAGUUCAUUUGGUGUAAAUCAUGGUGUUGAACUCCAUGCUGAUGUCAUUGAGUAUGCUUAUCAGAAGCUGGACUGCUUUAUCAAGACGAGUGACAGCUUUGACAAGUUUGAGUUCUGUGAGCCAUCAUUUGUAGUGGGCAACUGCCUGGAGAUUGCCCCAGAGAGCCGACAGUAUGACAGAGUGUACUGUGGAGCAGGGGUUCAGAGGGAGCAUGAGGACUUCAUGAAGAACCUGCUAAAGGUUGGGGGUAUUUUGGUGCUCCCCUUGGAAGAAAAGCUUACCAAAAUUACUCGGACAGGGUACAACUCAUGGGAGACAAAGAAGAUCAUUGCUGUGUCCUUUGCACCUCUUGUGCUUCCAAAACACAGAGAAAAUGGCAAACCCAGAGCAGUACCACUACCUGCCAUGUUUGAAGUGCGAAGCCUCCAGGACUUGGCUCGCAUUUCCAUCCGUCAGACCCUGAAGAAAUCUGUGUCUGGUCCGUGGCCUCUUCCCCAGAAGGUGGGAUCCAGAGGCAGGUCUCGUCUGAAACAGAGACGUGAACAACGCGACUCCACGCUCCUGACCAACCACUAUAUGUUCAUGAGUCGCCUGAUCCCCAGAGCUAUAGAUGACAACAACAACCAGUCGGAGUCAGAUGACGAUGAGGACUGCAGGGGCGUUUGCGAACGAGUGGAUGACGAGCUUGGAGAAAGUGAGGAUGGAAGGAGGAAAGAGGCAGGUGUUACAGAGGCUCCUGUUAACUUCCUGAGGGAGAGGAUCCUCAGCCUGCCUCUCCCGGAGCCACUCAAGACAUACCUUCUAUAUUACAGAGAGAAGUAGGCCAUCAAUUUACUGAAUUGACUUAUUUCAGUUCAUCCAUAAACCAUGUAUAAGUCCUAAAAUGUCCAUCAGUUCCUCCUCACGCCUUGUUGGAUGUAAUGUGCGCAAAUUACAUUUUUAAUGGCUAAAUAAUAAGCAUGAUUAGCGGGAAGAAAUAAACACUUUUUGGAAUCAGUGAAUCAGACUCUUGAGUAGAGGUAUAAACAUCCUGUUUUACUGAAGUAUUAAAGCCACAAUCAGGAAUCUGACAAACAAUAAACCAUGAAAUGUGAACAGUAUGUCAACUAUACUGGUAAUAAACUGUGUAUGGAACUGGGAUGGCCAUCGCUACUGAUUUUAAUUUCCAUGCAUUUCCUUGAACAUACAGUACAAAACAAUGCAGACAAUACAAGAAAAAAUGAGGACUCAAUAAUAUUUUGCAAUUUAUGCUAUGCCAUUAAAUGGCCAUCUUUAUGAUUCUGGUUUUCAUGUGAGUGAAAUGAAGAAAAGAAAAAUGGAGAGAGUUUUAUUUCACUAAUGGCAUUGCACUAAAUCAAUCGGUAAUUGCCUACUGAAUCACAAAAAUGAUGUGCCAUCAUUUGGCUCUGCACAUUAUUGUUGCACAUCUCUUUUUUGCCCUCAGAUUUUAGAGGGAUAUAAAGCAAUCAGACAAAA